UUGGAGCUGCGGGCGGUCAGCAGGAAUUUGACCAUCUGGGGCAUGAAUACUAAGCUAUUCAGUUCUGGACUGUGCUAGCAGGACCCUUCAAAGGAAGAGCAAUGGCCACAGCAGCAGCUUCUCACCUGAACCUGGAUGCCCUCCGGGAAGUUCUGGAAUGCCCCAUCUGCAUGGAGUCCUUCACAGAAGAGCAACUGCGGCCCAAGCUCCUGCACUGUGGCCAUACUAUCUGCCGCCAGUGCCUGGAGAAGCUACUGGCCAGUAGUAUCAAUGGUGUCCGCUGUCCCUUUUGCAGCAAGAUUACCCGUAUAAACAGCCUGACCCAGCUGACAGACAACCUGACGGUGCUGAAGAUCAUUGAUACAGCUGGGCUCAGUGAGGCUGUGGGGCUGCUCAUGUGCCGGUCCUGUGGUCGGCGGCUUCCCCGGCAAUUCUGCCGGAGCUGUGGUUUGGUGUUGUGUGAGCCCUGCCGGGAGGCAGACCACCAGCCUCCAGGCCACUGUACACUCCCUGUCAAAGAGGCAGCUGAGGAGCGGCGUCGGGACUUUGGAGAGAAGCUGACCCGUCUGCGGGAGCUUAUGGGAGAGCUGCAGCAGCGAAAGGUAGCCUUGGAAGGUGUCUCUAAAGACCUUCAGGCCAGGUAUAAAGCAGUUCUCCAGGAGUACGGGCAUGAGGAGCGCAGGGUCCAGGACGAGCUGGCUCGCUCGCGGAAGUUCUUCACGGGCUCUUUGGCUGAAGUUGAAAAGUCCAAUAGUCAAGUGGUAGAGGAGCAGAGUUAUCUGCUUAACAUUGCAGAGGUGCAGGCUGUGUCUCGCUGUGACUACUUCCUUGCCAAGAUCAAGCAGGCCGAUGUAGCACUACUGGAGGAGACAGCUGAUGAGGAGGAGCCAGAGCUCACUGCCAGCUUGCCCCGGGAGCUCACCCUGCAAGAUGUAGAGCUCCUGAAGGUAGGCCAUGUUGGCCCCCUCCAAAUUGGGCAGGCUGUUAAGAAGCCCCGGACAGUUAACAUGGAAGAUUCCUGGGCCAUGGAGGAUGCAGCCUCUGCUGCCUCUACCUCUGUUACAUUUAGAGAGAUGGACAUGAGCCCCGAGGAAGUGGUUGCCAGCCCUAGGGCUUCUCCUGCCAAACAGCGGGGUCCUGAGGCAGCCACCAAUAUCCAGCAGUGCCUCUUCCUCAAGAAGAUGGGGGCCAAAGGCAGCACGCCAGGCAUGUUCAAUCUUCCAGUCAGCCUCUACGUGACCAGUCAAGGCGAGGUGCUGGUUGCUGACCGUGGCAACUACCGUAUACAAGUCUUUACCCGCAAAGGUUUCUUGAAGGAAAUCCGCCGUAGCCCCAGCGGCAUUGAUAGCUUUGUACUAAGCUUUCUUGGGGCUGAUUUGCCCAAUCUCACUCCUCUCUCAGUGGCCAUGAACUGCCAGGGGCUGAUUGGUGUGACUGAUAGCUAUGACAACUCCCUCAAAGUAUAUACCUUGGAUGGCCACUGCGUGGCCUGUCACAGGAGCCAGCUAAGCAAACCAUGGGGCAUCACAGCCCUGCCAUCUGGCCAGUUUGUGGUAACUGAUGUGGAAGGGGGGAAGCUUUGGUGUUUCACUGUUGACCGAGGAGCAGGGGUGGUUAAAUACAGUUGCCUCUGCAGUGCUGUGCGUCCCAAAUUUGUCACCUGUGAUGCUGAGGGCACCGUCUACUUUACCCAGGGCUUGGGCCUCAAUCUGGAGAAUCGGCAAAAUGAGCACCAUCUGGAGGGCGGUUUCUCCAUUGGCUCUGUGGGCCCCGAUGGGCAGCUGGGUCGCCAGAUUAGCCAUUUCUUCUCAGAGAAUGAGGAUUUCCGUUGCAUUGCUGGCAUGUGUGUGGAUGCUCGUGGUGAUCUCAUUGUGGCUGAUAGUAGCCGCAAGGAAAUUCUCCAUUUUCCUAAGGGUGGGGGCUAUAGUGUCCUUAUUCGAGAAGGGCUUACCUGUCCAGUUGGCAUUGCCCUCACUCCUAAGGGGCAGCUGCUGGUCUUGGACUGUUGGGAUCAUUGCAUCAAGAUUUACAGCUACCAUCUGAGAAGAUACUCCACUCCUUAAGGGAUGAGACCAGUUUCUUCUGCUCCCCAGCCAACUUCCCUUCCCUUAGCCAUUGGUUAUUGGUGGUACUAUAGAGUAGACUUGGCCUACAUCCUGAUUCCAGCUGGGUAGUCCUAGAAUUUUAGAAGCUCUGUCUUUUGGUGUUUUUUAUUUGUUAUUCUGCCUUUCACCUGCCUAAAUUUAGAGCUUUUACAGAUGCAUUGCCCCAAAUAGGACACACGACAGUGUUAGCUGAAGUUUGAUUAGAAAUUAGGCACAUCCAAGGCUUUAGUAGAGAGCCACUAUAGCCUAUUGCUCCUGUGUUUGAAAUUUGCCCUUGUAUUGAAUCCUUGUUGAUUUUCUCCCUUUUGGCUUUGAUGUCCCUAGUCCAUUGUUUCCUUCCUAUUAUAGUGUGCUUCAUCUGUGACACUUUCUCUUCAACUCUGGUUGCAUUCACUGCACAUGCUCCAGUGGGAUCGCCUCCUUUCAGUGACAUUUCAGACAUCAUAUCCCUGUAGCAUAACAUCUCAGGUCUGAUCACCUUUACCAGUAUGAAGGCUCAUUCAUUUAGUCCCACCAAAGGAGAUACCCGGUCCCUUUGGGAAGCAGUACCUCUCAGCUGGGAAUUUGUGCCAUCUUGGAGUGGUUUCUCAUUGCAGAUGUUACAGAGAAUUGGAUUGACCCUAGUUAAUCAGUGUUGAAGAUGUCAGCCAGGAAAUUGCUUGCCUUUUAAAGGAGCAUAUGGAUUGGAAUUAUGCCAAAGCACAGGAAGAUGGGUCUAAGAGAACAAAUGCUAAUAUAGUCAGCAAACUUGGAUAGUCUCUCGGCUCAUUUUUCAUACUACUUCUCUCCACUGAUCUGUGCUAAGAGUUGUGUGAGGAAUUGUACAACAAAGGCCAGAGUGAACAAAGUGACAAGGUGGACACAUCUCAUUUCAUCACAAAAAAACAACAAGACUGUUGGGUUGUUAUUCUGCAUUUUCUUAAAGUGAGUGCAUACUAUUUGGUUUCAGGAUUGAUUUCUGUUUUUCUCUCAAGCAUUAAAUAAUUGAUAACUGUUUCUUCAUCA